AUGUCGACAAAGAUGGCAGAGCGCCUAAAGGGCAAGACUAUCGUCAUCACCGGUGCUUCUUCUGGCAUUGGCAAAUCCACAGCAAUCGAAUUCGCCCGGACACAGCCCGACGACCUCAAGCUUAUCCUCACUGCGCGGCGAGAAGACACAUUGAAAGAGGUCGCUCAGGAAAUUCAAGGCUUUGCAAAAGGCGUCAAGGUUCUACCAGUCAAACUUGACGUCAGCAAGCCGGACGAAGUCCAGAACUUUGUCGGAAAUCUGCCACAAGAUUACAAGGACAUUGAUGUGCUCGUCAACAACGCCGGCCUUGUAAAAGGUGUUGCGCAAGCUCCCGACAUCUCACCCGCCGACAUCGACACCAUGUUCAGCACAAACGUGACCGGCCUAAUCAACAUGACGCAAGCCAUCCUACCCAUCUUCAAAGCGCGAUCCACACCCUCCGGCGACAUUAUAAACAUUGGUAGUAUCGCAGGUCGCGAGCCCUACCAAGGCGGAUCCAUCUACUGCGCUACAAAGGCUGCUGUGCGCUCCUUCACAGAUGCCAUGCGCAAGGAGCUUAUCGCUACACGGAUACGCGUCAUCGAGAUUGAUCCUGGACAAGUUGAGACAGAAUUCAGUGUAGUCAGGUUUGGAGGCGACAAAGAGAAGGCGAAGAAGGUCUACGAGGGCGUUGAACCGCUGACACCGGAGGACAUCGCGGAGGUUGUGGUAUUCGCUGCGGGACGGAGGGAGAAUGUGGUGUUGGCUGAUAGUCUGAUCUUCCCGAACCACCAGGCGGCAGCGACAGUCAUGCACCGGAAACCUACCGGCCCACAGCCUGAGAUCAAUGUAGCCUUCGAUUCGUCUGCCAAUGAUCCCCCUGAACAUCCCACUUCCUUUCCGCGCAUUGUAAGGAGCUUCGCGUUAAUGGACGUGAAGACAAAGCGAGAUGUACAAGGUUACAUUGUCGGACAGUACAAGGCCAUUAAGCAAAUGGGCCACGAGCACAUCACCGCGACUGGCACCAAAACAGUCUUCUUCCUUGGUCAAGCACAACAAGAGGAAGAGUUCGACAUAUUAGACGAGGAUAUGAAGACCGACCUGGGCGAGUACAUCAACGAGGAUGAGGAUGCGGAUCGCUCAUGGCGUGGGGUUUGCGACUUCAUGCAGAAAAUUCCGACCUCCAAGGCUGUGGCGCCGACAGAGUUCAAGGAUAAGAACAUUUUGGACACUGAGACACCUCAUCAAGCCCGCUUGAUGCGUGCCCAGAGUGCGCCCUCUCUGGCUCGAUGUAUCGCGAAUGCUAGCUUUGACAGCGCCGGAUCAGAGACAGACUCUGACUCAGAAGACGACGACAUCGAUCUUGAACUGAAAAUCGAGAACGCACUCUCGUCCUUUGCUAAAAAGGUCGAGGAAUUAGAGGAUGUAGCAGGAGCGCUGUCAAUCACGCCACCCGGCCGCACAUAUUCUGAAGCUCACCCAUUUACACCAUCGCCUCCCAAGGACAUCGAUAUACCAUACCCCUGUGGACCAAAGCACAACUCUCGACUUCGUCGUCAUAGCGGUAACCGUUCACUCGCAUCACUGAUCGCUCACGUUGAGGAUCACCGUGGCACUGUGCGGGGUGGGAAGGUUGCACUCGAUCCACCUAUCACCACUACCAAAGAAUGGUCUAGUGGGCUGCAGACGUGGGAGGGUGAAAGCUGGCCCAACGCACCCGAGCGCAUUGGAAACGACUUUGAAGACGCCCAGAACUCUAUCACGAGGAAUGAAUCCGAGGACUGCGACGUAGAAGAGCUCUCACAGCUACGUGCGUCGCUGACGGAAACUACGGACAAUGACGAACCCAUGUGGCCUGAAGUCAUCGCCAACCGCCCGUAUACGGCUCCGCUUAUGUACGAGGAAGCCGCCGAUUUUAUUGAACAUGUCGCCACUAAUCCGGAUGUUGAUUCCGAAUGUUGGUCAGAACCCUUGGAUGGUUGUGCGAAACCGCGUCGCAAGUGGACUAGCAAGAUGAAGCAUUGUCUCAAGAAAAUACCCCAAAACACAAAGCAGGCUACCCACGACUAUGUCAAAGCGACGAAACGAUUCUCACGGACUGCUUGGCGCGUGUUGCCAGCUGCGCUGUCGAGCCGACAUCCGUUCCAGAAGAUCGACAGCAUCCUCUAG